AUGCCAAAGAAGUUCAUCGUCCCUUCAAUGAAGAUGUACGACGGGACGACCGACCCUGAUAAUCAUAUAGCCCAGUACAAGCAACGCAUGUUCACAACGGCAAUAGCAAAAGAAUAUCGCGAAGCUAGUAUGUGUAAAGGAUUUGGAUCUAGCCUCACGGGACCAGCUCUUCAGUGCAGGAACAUAGAAAGGACAGCCGACGAUCUCUAUGAGGUGAUACAGAAGAGAGGAGAACCGUUGCGCGAUUACGUAGGUCGCUUCAACAAAGAGAAAGUAUCCAUUCCGGCAUGUGUCACGUCCACUGCUAUCUCUGCAUUCAAAAGAGGAUUGCUCCCAGACAGUGAUUUGUACAAGGAACUGACGAAGUACCAGUGCAGAACGAUGGAAGAUGUGCUAUCUAGAGCAUGGGCUCAAAUAAGGUGGGAGGAAGAUCCUGCAUAUCGACACCUACUUUCCCCACGAUCUGAUUCGCGCGUUGUUAGGAACGAGCGUCCCUCUCGAGAUGACAGACCGUACCAGAGACCACGCAGUGAAAGCACUAGCAAGAGAAGCGACAGCAGAGCGACCAUCGACCACUCAACCAAAUUGAGAGCGACCAACGCUCAUCAUCCACAUGGCCAGACAUGA